AUGACUCUCAAGGCAAAAUAUCUCCAUACCGGCCAACUCCUGGGGGUGGGAGCUGGAGAGACGACUGCCAUUCUGAACCCGGCGACAUCGAGACUACUCUCGAGUAUUCAAAGCGCCAUUUUAACCGACCCAGGCUUGCCUCGGCCGGGUCCAACUGUGUCCGCCUGGCAGGUGCCGGUCCAUCCCACCGUGGCCUCCAUCCAGUCGCCGGCCCUUCCACAAUGUACGGACUUUGCCGUCAUUGGGUCUGGCAUAACUGGCUGUAGCGUCACCAAGGCCCUGCUCGAGCAUCCGGGCAGUAAAGAUUCGCACAUCACGGUACUAGAGGCCCGAACGCUCGUCAGCGGCGCUACUGGCCGUAACGGUGGCCACCUCGUUACGCCGUCCGGCCAUACUUACGGUCCUCUGGCUAGGCAGCACGGCGUCGAAGCGGCAAAGCAGAUUACACGCUUCAGCAUCCUCAACAUUAACCACAUUAUGAAGAUGGUUCGGGAAAUGGACCAAGAGCUUCAAACUGAAUGCCAAAUUCGCGACGUCAUUAAAGUCAUGGCUGUUGGCGACGAUGAGACGUGGGGGCCAGCUAAAGCCUCCGUCCUGGACUUCCAGAAGGCUGUCCCUGAGCACAGCAGCUACCAUCGCAUCAUUGAAAAGGACAAAGUACCAGAGAUGUGGAAUAUCAAGGAUGCUUCUGGUGCUGUUGAGCACGAAGCCGGUGCAAUCUGGCCGUAUCGUCUCCUAACUGGCGUCUACGAACGUUUACUGAAGAAGUACCCAGCCCGUCUUGCCAUUGAGGCAAAUACUCCCGCCACCCAGGUCAAAUAUUUGCCAGCGGAGAACACCGACUACCCCUACGCCGUCACGACCCCCCGGGGCAUCAUACGGGCGAAACGAAUCAUUCACUGCACCAAUGGCCAUGCUUCACAUCUACUUCCUGGUCUUGCUGGUGGUAUCUAUCCAUUUCGGGGUACUAUGUCGGUGCAAGAUCCGGGCCCGUCCCUGAAGAAUCUUGGCGCGUCGCGAUCUUGGAGCCUAUCGCACAAGUCAAGCUUGGACGUUCAGACAGGAUUGUAUAUAACGGGUCUGUUCUACCUCCAGCAAAACCCGCUGACGGGACAAAUCUGGAUUGGAAACGAGACUGCGUAUAUGAAGGACAUUCUCACGUCUGAUGACACAUAUGUGCCCGAGGAGGCAAGACAAGCUCUGUCGACAGUCCUGCCCAGAUUUUUCCUCGAGGGCUGGGGUACGAAAACAAAAUCAGAGGUCAAGGCAAUUUGGUCUGGCAUACAGGGUCAUACCACGGAUGGAUUACCUCUGGUGGGCCGCGUCCCUAAGUCCAUCACAGGCAGCUCGGGCGGCGAAGAGCAGUGGAUCGCUGCAGGGUUUAAUGGAUAUGGCAUGGACAAGUGCUGGUUGACAGGCGAGGCCUUGGCAAAGAUGAUGUUGGGGGAGGAUGUGAGCGGGUGGUUUCCUGAAUGCUACCUUCUUACGGAGAAGCGCUUGAGCGAAGAGUUGACAGUUGAAAAGACGCUGCUCAAGUUUGCUAACAUCGCUCACCCCGAAGGUUUUAAAUCCGCAAAGCUAUAG